UUGCAGGACAUCAGGCACGAAGCCAGUGAUUUUCCAUGUAAAGUGGCCAAACAUCCCAGAAACAAAAAUAGAAAUAGGUACAGAGAUGUCAGCCCCUUUGAUCACAGUCGAAUUAAGCUAAACCAAGGUGACAAUGACUAUAUCAAUGCUAGUUUGAUAAAAAUGGAAGAGGCCCAAAGGAGCUACAUCCUUACCCAGGGGCCUUUGCCAAAUACUUGUGGUCACUUUUGGGAGAUGGUUUGGGAACAGAAAAGCCGUGGUGUUGUCAUGUUGAACAGAGUGAUGGAAAAGGGAUCCGUAAAGUGUGCACAGUACUGGCCACAGAAGGAGGAGAAAGAAAUGUUUUUUGAAGAUACAAACUUGAAACUAACAUUGAUAUCUGAAGAUAUAAAAUCAUAUUACACAGUACGACAGCUAGAAUUGGAAAACCUUACGACACAGGAAACUAGAGAGAUUCUGCACUUUCAUUAUACUACGUGGCCUGACUUUGGUGUCCCAGAGUCACCUGCUUCAUUCCUCAAUUUCCUGUUCAAAGUCAGAGAGUCUGGCUCCCUGAACCCCGAGCACGGGCCGGUUGUGGUGCAUUGCAGCGCGGGAAUCGGCAGAUCGGGAACUUUCUGUUUAGUGGAUACGUGUCUUCUACUGAUGGACAAACGGAAAGAUCCUUCUUCUGUGGAUGUUAAGCAGGUUCUCCUGGAAAUGAGGAAGUACAGAAUGGGACUCAUACAGACAGCAGACCAGCUUCGUUUCUCCUACCUAGCUGUUAUUGAAGGGGCAAAAUUCAUCAUGGGAGAUGCUUCAGUGCAAGAACAGUGGAAAGAGCUCUCCAAUGAAGAUCUGGACCCUCCACCUGAACAUACCCCACCACCUCCCAGACCACCAAAGCGAACCUCAGAAAUGCACAAUGGAAGGAUGCAUGAACACACGGAAUUCUUUCCUAAACAUCAAGUAGAGGAAGAGGUUACGUGUUCAGUCAGCACUGUGGAAGAGAUGGUUCCAGAUGGCAGAGCUCAUUCAUCUGUACCACUGAUCACAGAGAGCACUAGUCAAGACACUGAAAUUCGGAGGAGAACUGUUGGUGAAAGUCUGCGUGUCUCGUCCCACAAAGAAGAGUCGAUGAAGUCAGAAAACUCAGAAGAGGAUGAUGAGAACAUGGUGACAACUUGGAAGCCAUUUCUAGUGAAUAUAUGCAUGUUCACUUUCCUCACAGCAGGAGCUUAUCUCUGUUACAGGGUGUGUUUUCAUUGAUGGACAUGCUAGCAAGAUCGACCCUGCAGAAAACACCAACGACUGGAUGGGUUUGUAACAAGCUCUGAAAGAAAGCUGAGGCAUGUGAGCCUUGUCUCACUGGAAGCAGAUCUUAGGUUGACAGGCCAGAACUUUGGUUAGGGCUUCAAGAGAGAAUUGAUGCACUAGGGUUUUAUCUAGCCCUGUGGUCCCAAGAACAUAAUAUUCUAAUCUCAGGGCCUUAAAAUAUUCAGGAGUAAGCAGAGAAAAUGCCAAAUAGUCUGUUUUCCUUUUUUUUUUUCUUUUUUUUUAAACUAAAUAAUAGAAUUACAACACAUUGUUGUUUUUAGCCUUUUUUUAAAAAGCCAGUUUUUUCUUUUUUGUUUCAGAAAAACUAGGCAUAAGUGAAACUUGCUUGUAUUCUCCAAGUGUUGUAACCAAAUACAUGACUUCUAUUGAUGAGUUCCCAAAAAAAGAAAAAGAAACCCACACACCUGAAGAAUGUAAACUUUUUGGAAGGGG